AUGUCUACCGCUUCUGCUGCUCCAAUACUUCGUUCUCCACGUAGUUUUCAAUGGUACUGGAAUUCUAGUGUUGAUCCAUGGUCAGAAGAGCAAUGGACAAAGUACACAGAUAUUGAAAAUGAAAUUAUUGAAGAUGCACUUAAUGCAAACAAGGAAGAAGUAGACAUUGAUCGAAACUAUGUUAUUAGUCUGAAAGAUCAAUUGUAG